AUGGAAAGUCCUGUUCCAUCACAAGUUGAUGAAGUUGGAGCAGAGUUGGGGAUUGCCUUCAGUCCGACCACUCGAACUGAAGACCUCCCACAAAAUAAUGUUGUUGCUGAAACCUUGGCUGAAGCUGCAAAAAAUCCCAACAACAACUUCAAUGUGACUUUUAACCCCAAUGCAGUUUCAGUAACAGAUGGUCCAGUUCCAGAUGCACAAUCAACUGCCACACCUGGAACAACUACUGCUCCUCCAACAACAGCUGCUGCACCUCUUUAUACACUUGAAGCACAGUUGUUUAAUGAAGCUUUCACAGACCAAUUAAACAACCCUAACAGCCCUCAAUACAAAGAUCUUGAAUCAAGAAUUAUUAAAGCAUGUGAAGACAUUUACCAAGCAGAAUUCCCUCGUAAAUUUCUCAAGUGCACUGUGAAAGAGUUCAGUCCUGUUCCAUCACAAGUUGAUGAAGUUGGAGCAGAGUUGGCGAUUGCCUUCAGUCCGACCACUCCAACUGAAGACCUCCCACAAAAUAAUGUUGUUGCUGAAACCUUGGCUGAAGCUGCAAAAAAUCCCAACAACAACUUCAAUGUGACUUUUAACCCCAAUGCAGUUUCAGUAACAGAUGGUCCAGUUCCAGAUGCACAAUCAACUGCCACACCUGGAACAACUACUGCUCCUCCACCAACUCCAACAACAGCUGCUGAACCUCUCUACACAGUUCAAGCACAGUUGUUUAAUGAAACCUUCACAGACCAAUUAAACAACCCUAACAGCCCUCAAUACAAAGAUCUUGAAUCAAGAAUUAAAAAAGCAUGUAAAGAAAUAUACCAAGCAAAAUAUGGAAAGGCAUUUUCCCGGUGCAUUGUGAAAAAGUUCAGUCCUGUUCCAUCACAAGUUGAUGAAGUUGGAGCAGAGUUGGGGAUUGCCUUCAGUCCGACCACUCCAACUGAAGACCUCCCACAAAAUAAUGUUGUUGCUGAAACCUUGGCUGAAGCUGCAAAAAAUCCCAACAACAACUUCAAUGUGACUUUUAUCCCCAAUGCAGUUUCAGUAACAGAUGGUCCAGUUCCAGAUGCACAAUCAACUGCCACACCUGGAACAACUACUGCUCCUCCAACAACAGCUGCUGCACCUCUUUAUACACUUGAAGCACAGUUGUUUAAUGAAGCUUUCACAGACCAAUUAAACAACCCUAACAGCCCUCAAUACAAAGAUCUUGAAUCAAGAAUUAUUAAAGCAUGUGAAGACAUUUACCAAGCAGAAUUCCCUCGUAAAUUUCUCAAGUGCACUGUGAAAGAGUUCAGUCCUGUUCCAUCACAAGUUGAUGAAGUUGGAGCAGAGUUGGGGAUUGCCUUCAGUCCGACCACUCCAACUGAAGACCUCCCACAAAAUAAUGUUGUUGCUGAAACCUUGGCUGAAGCUGCAAAAAAUCCCAACAACAACUUCAAUGUGACCUUUAACCCCAAUGCAGUUUCAGUAACAGACGGUCCAGUUCCAGAUGCACAAUCAACUGCCACACCUGGAACAACUACUGCUCCUCCACCAACUCCAACAACAGCUGCUGAACCUCUCUACACAGUUCAAGCACAGUUGUUUAAUGAAACCUUCACAGACCAAUUAAACAACCCUAACAGCUCUCAAUACAAAGAUCUUGAAUCAAGAAUUAAAAAAGCAUGUAAAGAAAUAUACCAAGCAAAAUAUGGAAAGGCAUUUUCCCGGUGCAUUGUGAAAAAGUUCAGUCCUGUUCCUUCACAAGUUGAUGAAGUUGGAGCAGAGUUGGGGAUUGCCUUCAGUCCGACCACUCCAACUGAAGACCUCCCACAAAAUAAUGUUGUUGCUGAAACCUUAGCUGAAGCUGCAAAAAAUCCCAACAACAACUUCAAUGUGACUUUUAACCCCAAUGCAGUUUCAGUAACAGAUGGUCCAGUUCCAGAUGCACAAUCAACUGCCACACCUGGAACAACUACUGCUCCUCCAACAACAGCUGCUGCACCUCUUUAUACACUUGAAGCACAGUUGUUUAAUGAAGCUUUCACAGACCAAUUAAACAACCCUAACAGCCCUCAAUACAAAGAUCUUGAAUCAAGAAUUAUUAAAGCAUGUGAAGACAUUUACCAAGCAGAAUUCCCUCGUAAAUUUCUCAAGUGCACUGUGAAAGAGUUCAGUCCUGUUCCAUCACAAGUUGAUGAAGUUGGAGCAGAGUUGGGGAUUGCCUUCAGUCCGACCACUCCAACUGAAGACCUCCCACCAAAUAAUGUUGUUGCUGAAACCUUGGCUGAAGCUGCAAAAGAUCCCAACAACAACUUCAAUGUGACUUUUAACCCCAAUGCAGUUUCAGUAACAGAUGGUCCAGUUCCAGAUGCACAAUCAACUGCCACACCUGGAACAACUACUGCUCCUCCACCAACUCCAACAACAGCUGCUGAACCUCUCUACACAGUUCAAGCACAGUUGUUUAAUGAAACCUUCACAGACCAAUUAAACAACCCUAACAGCCCUCAAUACAAAGAUCUUGAAUCAAGAAUUAAAAAAGCAUGUAAAGAAAUAUACCAAGCAAAAUAUGGAAAGGCAUUUUCCCGGUGCAUUGUGAAAAAGUUCAGUCCUGUUCCAUCACAAGUUGAUGAAGUUGGAGCAGAGUUGGGGAUUGCCUUCAGUCCGACCACUCCAACUGAAGACCUCCCACAAAAUAAUGUUGUUGCUGAAACCUUGGCUGAAGCUGCAAAAAAUCCCAACAACAACUUCAAUGUGACUUUUAACCCCAAUGCAGUUUCAGUAACAGAUGGUCCAGUUCCAGAUGCACAAUCAACUGCCACACCUGGAACAACUACUGCUCCUCCAACAACAGCUGCUGCACCUCUUUAUACACUUGAAGCACAGUUGUUUAAUGAAGCUUUCACAGACCAAUUAAACAACCCUAACAGCCCUCAAUACAAAGAUCUUGAAUCAAGAAUUAUUAAAGCAUGUGAAGACAUUUACCAAGCAGAAUUCCCUAGUAAAUUUCUCAAGUGCACUGUGAAAGAGUUCAGUCCUGUUCCAUCACAAGUUGAUGAAGUUGGAGCAGAGUUGGCGAUUGCCUUCAGUCCGACCACUCCAACUGAAGACCUCCCACAAAAUAAUGUUGUUGCUGAAACCUUGGCUGAAGCUGCAAAAAAUCCCAACAACAACUUCAAUGUGACCUUUAACCCCAAUGCAGUUUCAGUAACAGACGGUCCAGUUCCAGAUGCACAAUCAACUGCCACACCUGGAACAACUACUGCUCCUCCACCAACUCCAACAACAGCUGCUGAACCUCUCUACACAGUUCAAGCACAGUUGUUUAAUGAAACCUUCACAGACCAAUUAAACAACCCUAACAGCUCUCAAUACAAAGAUCUUGAAUCAAGAAUUAAAAAAGCAUGUAAAGAAAUAUACCAAGCAAAAUAUGGAAAGGCAUUUUCCCGGUGCAUUGUGAAAAAGUUCAGUCCUGUUCCAUCACAAGUUGAUGAAGUUGGAGCAGAGUUGGGGAUUGCCUUCAGUCCGACCACUCCAACUGAAGACCUCCCACAAAAUAAUGUUGUUGCUGAAACCUUGGCUGAAGCUGCAAAAAAUCCCAACAACAACUUCAAUGUGACCUUUAACCCCAAUGCAGUUUCAGUAACAGAUGGUCCAGUUCCAGAUGCACAAUCAACUGCCACACCUGGAACAACUACUGCUCCUCCACCAACAGCUGCUGCACCUCUUUAUACACUUGAAGCACAGUUGUUUAAUGAAACCUUCACAGACCAAUUAAACAACCCUAACAGCCCUCAAUACAAAGAUCUUGAAGAAAGAAUUAUUAAAGCAUGUGAAGACAUUUACCAAGCAGAAUUCCCUAGUAAAUUUCUCAAGUGCACUGUGAAAGAGUUCAGUCCUGUUCCAUCACAAGUUGAUGAAGUUGGAGCAGAGUUGGCGAUUGCCUUCAGUCCGACCACUCCAACUGAAGACCUCCCACAAAAUAAUGUUGUUGCUGAAACCUUGGCUGAAGCUGCAAAAAAUCCCAACAACAACUUCAAUGUGACCUUUAACCCCAAUGCAGUUUCAGUAACAGACGGUCCAGUUCCAGAUGCACAAUCAACUGCCACACCUGGAACAACUACUGCUCCUCCACCAACUCCAACAACAGCUGCUGAACCUCUCUACACAGUUCAAGCACAGUUGUUUAAUGAAACCUUCACAGACCAAUUAAACAACCCUAACAGCCCUCAAUACAAAGAUCUUGAAUCAAGAAUUAAAAAAUCAUGUAAAGAAAUAUACCAAGCAAAAUAUGGAAAGGCAUUUUCCCGGUGCAUUGUGAAAAAGUUCAGUCCCAUCACAACACGAACUGAAGGAGUAAUUGCAGAUUUGGCAAUCGCUUUCGCUGGGACCACUCCAACUGCAGAACUCCCCAAAAAUAAUGAUGUUGCUGAAACCUUGGUUAGAGCUGCAAGCGAUACCAACUCUAACUUCGAUGUGUCUUUUAAUCCAGUUUCAGUUGCAUUAAUAGAUGGUCCUGUUCCGGAUGCACAAUCAACUGCUGCACCUGCCAUAACUGCACCUGGAGCUACAACUGCUGCACCUGCAUCUACAACUGCUGCACCUGCCACUUCUGCAGCUGUAGCUACAACUGCAGCACCUGCCACUGCUGCACCUGCAGCUACAACUGCAGCACCUGCCACUGCUGCACCUGCAGCCACAACUCCUGCACCUGCCACUGCUGCACCUGGAGCUACAACUGCAGCACCUGCCACUGCUGCUCCUGCACCUGCCACUACUGCUCCUGCAGCCACAACUCCUAUCUGUUCUUCAAAAUUUUACAAAUGA